GUGGUUUGAAACCACGCCACUUCAUUCAUGUUAAUCUAAUACCUUAGUUAGUAUCUUUGUGUAGUUUUUGUGGACCGUUGUUUAUUUUUCCUUUGACUAUGGUGAUGACUGUCUGUCUGGGACUUUGAUACGUCUAGGGAUUGAUUAACGACCAUGGGAAGGUUUUUGACACAGAGCUACACGUAUGCCAAAUAUAAAGAGGGAGCAAAUACGAACUAUGUUUCCUGCUUUGUAUGUACUGCCUAUCAGGUGCAUAAACACAACUACAAAAAGAGACAUAAAAUCAGAUGUAAUCUGUUUUAUUGGAAGGAGUCUACAUUUCAGUUAAAUUCAAGUUUAAAGGCAAAGCGGCAAUCGAAGGAAGGAAUACACGGAAGUAAAAAAAAUGCACAGAAUAGACAAGAAAGAUUUUUCAUUCAUUCAAAGUUAACUGAACACGAUCCAGAUUUUGAUAUAAUAAAAACGGAGGAAAGUUUCAAACAUACUUCAACUUCUAUUAUGAAACAUCAGAAAUCAGACAAUACAGACACAGUUCCUGUUUAUGUAAAGAAACUCAAUGGAGAAAUAGUACUUGUAUCAUUACUAUUUCAAAGUAUGGAAAAUCUGAAAAAACGUUUAAGCCAAAUAGAGCAUAUUCCAGAAGAUGAUAUACUGAUAUGGUUUUAUGGUCGUAUACUGAGUUCGUCUGUUCUUUCCAGGGUGAAGCCGUAUGAUAGCUUGUUCAUCGGUAUCAAGGGCAAAGGAGGAAUGUUAGAUGAAAUAAUCGCUGUAUCUCGUGCAAGUUCAGAACAUGAAGUACAAGAAUGGCUAAUGAAACGAGUUGGUUUAACGGAAGACUACAUACAGAACGUUCCUGAUUUUCAGUACAUAGAUGGAAAAACGUUGUUUGCAUAUUUAGAUUCCGGAGUACACGAAUUAAAAUCAGACCUGAAAAUUCCUAUAGGAGUAGGACGAAAGAUUUUGUUGUGCCUAAGAAAUAACAAACACAUUGAACAACUGUUACAGUAUGAGAUGGCAAAAUGGAAUGUUGAUGAUGUGCAGAAAUUUGUCAGAGAGGCAGUAUCUGUUCAAAAUGCAGAUGUUGACGAAAUAUGUAAACUCAUCAAAGAAGAAGAAAUUGAUGGCAUAGUUUUCCUUUCAUAUGAUAAUUCAAAGGAGUUCCAGAUAGAUUUGAAUAGACCAGAUAAAUUUGGGGUGAUAUGCAAAAGAGUAAUAGCAAGACGAGAUGAACAAGUGGAAGAUAUUAAACGCUCAUUACCAGUACCAACAGUAUCUCAACUCAGUUCCCAUGAUCAAUAUAAAAAAGUAGCAUUCAAAGAUGAAGGUAAAAAGGAAACUACAACAAUAUCAAAACACUUGGAAGAUCAUACAAGUGGGCAAGUAGAUAGCUGUGAAAUUGCUAAGGAAUGGGACUCGUAUAUUAGAAAUAUACUUCAUCUGAAAACGUGUAACUCUCACUCUAAUCUCAAGGCUUGUAAUUUGAAAAUUAUCCACAGUGACUGGAAAAAUCGUAAUACUUUGGAAAAGAAAGCUCUGUUUCUUAUACUAACAGAUGCAAGUGAAAAUGCUGAGAACUAUGACGAAAGGUUGAGUGCAUCAUUAUGGGAUCGUAUAAGAAAAAAUAUUCAAACAUGGCAUAACCAUUUUAUAAAAUCUGACAAAGAAUUAUUUGAAAUUGCUCAAAAAGAGGACUCUCUUCUUUUUAACAAGAAACCCAUUUCUCUUUCAACGAAUAAAGCUAAAUUGAGAUAUUUAGCAGAAAAGAAGAUAGAGGACCUAGCAGAUUCAGGAAACGUUUUUCUCUUAAUAAGUAAGAACGUGUUUGCUAAAAGCAUACAUUGUUACAGUGCUGUUAUUGAAAAGCCAAUACCGAAGAAAGGUGGUAAACCUCAAUCUUUUCAUUUUACAUUUGAACCCGACCGCGAUUAUUGGAUAUUUGACCCUGAUGAUUACUCUCAUGGUUUUCAGUUGAAAAGAAUUCCUACAAAUUGUUCUGAAAACACGCAAAAAGAGAGUAAGCAAAUCAAGGAAAGCAGUUUGAAUAUUUCUAAACACUCGAGAGAUACCAUAAAGCGAAACAAUUCAACAUUUUCGAGCGAUCCUGAUAUAACUGAAUUUGUCCCAAAGCCUAAAGACGAGACACAAAACAACCAGACUAUUUCAUUGCGGUGCCAAGGCAUACAAAUUCAGCGCGUGUUCAAAAGCGACUCAACAGAAAUUCAAUAUUCAGAAGGGUGGAGAAUUUCAACCGCAGAACACGACGGAGCAGUUUCGUUUCAAUGUUACGAAUAUAAAUUCGUUCCUGAAAGUUUGAUUUCUAAAGGUAGUUUACGAACCUUGGAAUUUUGUAACAAAGAAAUAAUUCGGUUUGCAGGGGGUUGCCUUAAUGCAAGAAAAAAUGGUACAAUAAUGUUUGGCAUUGGGGAUUCGCAUGGAAACAAGGACUGUAAAGGCGGUUUUGCACAUGGAGAAGUUGUAGGCGUUCCAGUGCAUGAUAUUCCAGGUGAUUUUAUAGCUGAAUUUACCGAUUCAUUGCGGAUUGCAAUAUCAAAAUGUUUUGACAUUCACUGCUCUCGAACAGCUUCAAAGUGUAUAGGAAACCCAGUAUUCGUCAAAGUAGUGACACGAAUGCCAUCUAGUCCAAGAUAUGUUAUAGAAAUUGACAUUGAGCCUUCCUCAACAUUAUGCAAAGAUCUCUUUUUUAAGGUAAAUAGGAGCAAACUAAUUACAUCAAAGGACAUUGAGACUGAAUUCACUCUAUUUGUUCGUGAGAAAACUGGAACUGUAAAGAAAAAAAACCAGGAAGAGAGGCUCUUUGUUCAAACUGAACUAGUUGAUGUUGUUGCAAAACGGUUUGAAGAUGAAAAACAGAUGCUCCCAAGUCAGGUUACUGAUCCAAUUGAAACGCCUAUGGACAAGUUAAGAAAGCACCUGUGUAAGGGUUCAAAUAAACUAGAUAAAUCGAUAUGGCCUAUAUUAGUUUUGAACAAACCAACAGAUGAACAAAAGGAAAACGAGCACUGGUUAAGAUGUUUAAAGUUUAUAAAAUUUGUGGAUUUCCAUGCUGUUUUUGAUUUUGAUGAUGAAUCAAACAUAAAUGGUUUAUGUGCAGCUUUUGGUAAUAAGGAAAAUUCAAUUCUUCAAGAUGAGGAAAUUUUUCUCGAAUUUUCGGGAAACAAACUUGAUCUUGCAAACAAACUUGGAAUGCCACAUGAUAUGAAAACUGUAUGGAUUUUUAGCAACGGAAGAUCAGAUAUCAAACCAUCUAAACCUUGUACACGUGGAACCAAUUGGACAAAUUUGUAUUCAGCAGGAAUACGAGAUGCAGUUAUAUUUUAUAGCCAAAAAGAAAUUAUCCCAAAAGGUAGAGCCUUGGUUAUUAUUCUACUUUUUUCAAAUAAUCUAGAUGGGAUAGUCGAAACAUUUAGGGAAAUUGUAGUGAGAUUUGGUUGGGAGCAAAUAGCAAUAAUUGCCACAGAAGUAACCCUUAAAAGAUUUAUAACCGAGUGCAGGGGUAUGGAAGAAGAAAUAAAAGAGAGAAGUGUAUCAGGGAAAAGUAUGACAUGGGAACAUGUGAAUUCCACUGUUCUAGAAAUAACUGGAAAUGAAGACCAGGAAACUAUUUUUCUGACAACAUCUGCUGGAGCAUAUGUUCCUGCUGACGAAAAAUUUGUGGAAACACUAACUGAGUUCAAUAUAUUAAGUGCAAAACAAUGCGAAAAUAAAAAGUUCAAAUCAUUAAAAGAAGAAGAGGAAUUUGCAUCAGAAGUGGAGCAUCAGUUUUACAGAGGGGAGAAAGUAGAAUGGUUUAAUUUUUAUUUUGAAUCCCAUGUAUUAAAACGACAUUGUUUUGAUCGUUUGAAAUCGUCUGUCGGAAGCAUUUUAAAACAGUCUCCAUCAAAUGAAAGAGAUAAGAAAAUUAUUGCAACUGCUAUAAUUGCACAUGAACCAGGAGCAGGUGGUACAACACUUGGUCGCAAUAUGUUGUGGGCAUUCCAUAAGGACUAUCGGUGCGCAAUUAUUACAAAAAUUACAGAGAGGACAGCGAAAAAUGUAAUAUCCUUGUGGCAACACAAAGAACUAAAUAAUGCAAGACCACUACUGUUAUUAAUAGAUGAACUUCCACAGUCUGAUAUGACAUUCGAAGAUUUGAUUCGUCAGGUUCAUAUCGAAUAUAGGUCUAAUCCCAUACAGGAUGGGUUAAUUUGUUGUUUUCUCGUUUGUCAAAGAGAAAACGAAAUUGACGAACAACCUUUCGAACACUUCGCUCCACUUAGUCACAGUGGUCAUAUUGUUGAACAGUUGAAACAAAAAUUAACAGAAUUGGAAAUUCAUUGGAUGGACAGAAAAUAUGAAAAGUUAGAACAGAAAGGUGCGGAAUACCAACCAGAAUACCUUCUUUCAUUUAUGAUUCUUAGAGAAGGGUUUAAUCAGGAAUAUAUAAAAAAUACAAUAAAACAGUUUCUGACGCAUAUUGACAUUAAGUCAAACGAAUUUGAGCUUUUAGAGUAUACGUCCUUAGUAUCAGCAUAUGCUCAGUUUUCUAGAAGAGGACCUAAUGUUUUUAUUCCAUUAGAAUGCUGUGAUGCUUUAAUGGGUUCAAAACUAACUAAAACAAUAUUUUGGGAGAAAAACAUAUCAAGCACUUUAAAAAUGUUUCUCAUAGUGGAACAGAAAGAAACAGCCAGUGGAAUGCAAAUUAGAAUGGCACAUCCCGCUUUAGCUGAUGCAGUGUUGUAUCAAAUACUUGAAAACAAAAACGAAAGUUUGAGUUCUUUGACAUUAAGAUUCUUAAAUUGUUCUAUAUUGCAAAGUCCGUCUCAUGGGCGGGAAAUGAUUAUAGAUUUCACUAGAGAAAUGCUUGUUCGUCGACUAAAGGAAGAAUAUAACGACGACAAAACAACCCAGUUUUCCCCUUUAGUUGACGACAUUCGCAAUAACGAGUCAUGGAAAAACGCAAGAGAUGUAUUGAUGAAAGGAUUUGAGAAAAUGAAAGAUAGCUAUAUUGCUCAAACAUUGGCUAGACUUUGCGCGAGAAACAAAGAUUUUCAGACUGGUAUAUCAUGGGCAAAACAAGCUGUCGACAUGUCAAUUGGUAAAACGGCUAAUGGAUUCUGUCAUCACACCCUUGCAAUUGUCCUUGAUGAGCGUUUUAAUCAUGAAACUAAAAAGAUUGAGUGUAUCGCUCCAUCGGAUGCAACUGAACAUAUUGCAUUGAUUUUAGAUGCGUUAGACCAUUUUAUAGAAGCAAGUUGGUCACGUACUGGGAGUGCAGAUCAUAUAUUAUAUCCUAUUACGGGUGUCUUCAAAACAAUCAUUAACUGCUUAAAAUUCAUUACCAACAAAGUUCAAUUUUCACCGGAGGUAGACAUCAUGAGGUUCAUCACAGAGGAAGCGUAUUCCGCAAGUGAACUUGAAGAAUGGUUUAAAUUCCGACCAAAAUUUCUAAGAUUUUCUAGUGAAGGAGAAAAGGCCUUUGCAAUUGUUGAGCAGUGCCUUUGUUUCAAUACCACGUUCUAUGCCCAUGAUAGUAUGAGCUCGUUUACCAAAAUUUCAAGAGAACAUAGGUUGUACAGAAAUUUACAAUACCAUUAUCCAAAUCUAUUCAAUGAUUUUAGGUCUUUCUUUGGGGCGAACGCAAAUGAGGUUCCCCAGUCGAACAUGCCCGAGGUUCUUAAUGUUUGGCACAGGAGAUGCUUAAUAAAUCUAGGAGGAAACUCUUACAUGAAUAUUUGUGACAUAUUACGUCAACUGAAAACCAAAUCGAAAUGUUUUAGUUCUUCGGAUGCAAUAAAAAAGUGCAUUGAAAUCAAAACACAUUUAACGAAGAUAAGUGACAGAACACCAAAAGACUUAGCAAACUUAGUAUCUGUUAAUAUCAUAUUAGGACUUCUCGGUGGAGAGAAAAGAGAUUCCACGAAGAUAAUCUUAGAGUAUUGUAAACAAAUAAUCAAAAUGAAGCGAGGUAAUGAGAACAUAGCAUAUUUUUUUAUCUGCAUACUGUUGUGGCCAUCAAACCAAAUUAAUAUUGAAUAUGAUGACGGUUUGUUUUAUGAAAGCCUACGUUUUUUGCAUCGUAAUCGUGAGAUUAACAAAGGAAGAUCUCGAGACUUUAAAUACGUAUUUGUGAAAGAAGAAAGAAAUGUAACUCAGCCGACACCACAGUUCUUUCUGACAAACGGUCGAGGUUUCAGUUCUCUUUGUCACAGAUUAAACAUAUUCUUUAAGGAUAAUGCUGAAUCGCAGUUCAAUAAUGCUAUGUGGGAAAAUUUUGGAGAAAAACAUAAUUUGAAACGACUGAAGGGAUACUUGAAAUUUUAUGAGGGAAAAUACGGUAUUCGAUUUAUGAAUGAAAAAUCAACUUCGUCGGAACAUAUUGAUAUACGAAAAAUACGUACAGGGAAGAAAGAGUUUCUGUCGGAGGAAGAAGUUUACUUUUUCCUUGGCUUUAGUAUUGGUGGGCCAAUUGCAUAUAAUGUAAAACCAACUCGACAUGAAGAUUUGACGCGUCACGUACAUGAUCCAAUACCAAUUGACGAUAAAGUGGAAGCAUACUUGCAAGAAUCUGAAGAAGAACUACAAAAACAGUUGAAAUACAUUGCAGAAUUAAAAAGCAAGUUAAAAAAUGGCAGACAUUUAAAAGAGAGAGAUAAAGAACUGAUGAAGAAUGAAGACGAUAUAAAAACAGCUCUUGAAGUUAAGCGAAACGAACUAUUUAAUGACAUUGACUGAGAUCAACAAUAUAAAGUAGUGUCAUGACAGCUAAACUUUGAAUUAAAUAUUUUGAAAAUCA